UUUUCUUCCCUAGCUUAAGCUUUUCCAGAAUACAUUUCAACAUAUCAAAUGCCCUUCUAAAAACAAACAUCGGAGCUACUUGUAAGCAAGUAUUUUCCUUCUCUUCAACAAUGGGGAACUCAAACUAGUACUCUCAGUUUUAGUUUCUUCUUAUCCUUUUCGUUUACGCAAAACUUCAAACAGCUUCUGGUCUUACCUCAAUGGCUCUCCCUCAGCUAAUCCCUUCUCACUCUUCUUCUUCACUCACUCACCAGCCUUCCAUAAACCCUAACGCAGCCAAUCCAUACCCCAUGUUGAAGUCCUUUUUGAAGCCAUCUUCUCUCUCUCAAUCUCGCAGGUUUCACAGGCUCAGCUCUCUUCGAGCUUCGGCCUCUUCCUUCCCCGAUAAUCACCAAACCGAUCCUUCUAAACCAGACGACGUCGUAGAGCUCCCUAUAUUUCCUCUCCCCUUGGUUCUCUUCCCCGGCGCUAUCCUCCCUCUCCAGAUUUUCGAGUUCCGUUACCGCAUUAUGAUGCACACGCUCCUCCACACCGACCUCCGCUUUGGCGUCAUUUACUCCGACUCCGUCACCGGCACCACCGACGUCGGCUGCGUCGGUGAGAUCGUCAAACAUGAGCGUCUCGUCGACGACCGCUUCUUCCUCAUAUGUAAAGGCCAGGAACGGUUCCGUAUCACCAACGUCGUCCGUACGAAGCCUUAUCUUGUCGCAGAAGUCAAUUGGCUCGAAGACCGACCCUCCGGGGACGAAGAUUUGGAAGGAUUGGCCAGCGAAGUGGAGACUUACAUGAAAGACGUGAUUCGGUUAUCGAAUCGUCUUAACGGGAAGCCGGAAAAGGAAACGCUGGAUUUGAGGAGGAAUCUGUUUCCGACCCCGUUUUCCUUCUUCGUGGGGAGCACAUUCGAAGGGGCGCCGAGAGAGCAACAGGCUUUACUGGAGUUGGAAGACACUGCCACCAGGUUAAAAAGAGAGAAGGAAACUUUAAGGAACACCCUUAAUUACUUGUCGGCCGCCUCGGCCGUGAAAGACGUGUUUCCCUCUUCGUGAUGAGGACUUUAAUCAAGCGAAAAAUUUCAGUGAAUAUAUAGAUAUUUUGAUGCGUAAUUCGUUAUACACGAACUGUAAAUUACGGAUAUGGAAUCUCUGCUUGUUUUUUCAA